GUUGCGGCGCGGGACAUGGAGUCAGGGCGGCUGGAGAAGUUCCCGAGCCCGGGCAGAGGCAGCGGCCUCCGCGCUCUGAGGCGGGCGCGGCUCGGCGAGCUGCUGUACCGGGCCGAACCCUUCGCCUGCACCGUCACCAAGCAGCGACUGGGCGGCGUGUGCGAGCGCUGCCUGCGCAGGAAUGAACGGCUGCUUAGAUGCUCUCAGUGCAAAAUUGCCAGAUACUGUGAUACACGUUGUCAGAAAGAAGCCUGGCAGGAGCACAAGCGAGAAUGCAAAUGUCUUAAGAGUGUUGAGCCUAACUUUCCUCCUGACUCAGUGAGACUUGUUGGCAGGAUUGUUUUUAAACUACUUGGACAAUCAGCAGCAUGUCCUUCUGAGAAACUCUACUCUUUUUCUGAUCUUCAGUCAAAUAUUGAAGAGUUAAGUGAAGAAAUGAAAGAGGGUCUCAGGCACCUGGCACAGACAUUGCAGCUUUAUUUGAGAGUGGAGAUCCAGGAUACUUUUCAGCUGCUACCUGCAAUAGACAUUUUUCAGAUCUUCGCAAAAGUGACCUGUAACUGUUUCACCAUCAGUAAUGGAGAAAUGCAGGAUGUUGGUGUUGGCCUGUAUCCCAGCAUGUCUCUCCUGAACCACAGCUGUGACCCAAACUGUGUGAUUGUUUUUGAGGGACGCCAGCUUCUACUGCGGUCUGUCCGGGAGAUCCAGAUUGGUGAAGAGCUCACUAUCAGCUAUAUUGAAUCACUGAUGCCCAGCAGUGAGCGUCAAAAACAUCUGAAGCGCCAGUAUUGCUUUGAAUGCAGCUGUCUUCUAUGCAAGACACAAGAAAAGGAUGCUGACAUGCUGGCAGGUGAAGAGCAGGCCUGGAAAGAAAUCAAAGAUGCUGUAGCUAAAGUGGGAGACCCAAGGUCACAAGAAGAGUGGGAGCAGGUUCUGGCAAUGUGCCAGGCUCUUCUAAAUAACAAUGCAGAUCGUCUUCCAGACACAAACAUCUAUCUGCUGAAAAUGCUUGACUGUGCCAUGGAUGCCUGUAUUAAUCUCAGACGUUGGGAGGAAGCCUUGCUUUAUGGCAACAGGACUCUAAAACCGUACAGACUGUAUUAUUCCAGCUUUCAUCCCUUGAGGGCUGUCCAGAUGAUGAGAGUGGGCAAAUUGCAGAAUACUCAAGACAUGUUUCCUCAAGCACUGGAGACCUUGAAGCAGGCUUAUAACAUUAUGAAAGUAACCCACGGAGCAGAUCACAGCCUGGUACAAGACCUGAUGAAACUUAAGGAACAGUGUGAGGCUGACAUGCGAGCACAGUAAGGAUGAUCUCAGGCUGGAAAACUAACAUUCCGGGGGAAAGGAAAGCAAAUCUUUUUUGUAGUGACAUUCUAUGACCUGAGCCAAAGCCCUCUGAAUCCAUUGGAAUGACUCCGAUUGAGUUUGGUAGGCUUUGGAUCAGGCCCUAUUUCCUUUGCUAAAAUGUUUAAUGUUUAUUAGCUUUGCUGUUCUGCAGUGUGAUUUUCCUCACUGAAUUCAAAUGUGGAGGACUACAGGCCAUUUUCAGAGGGAGUCUGCUCUCUGGGAAGCAGCAUAGUAGCAAAUAAGUCUUAGCAAUUGAUGUUCAAAUUAUAUGUUGGUAAUAAAAAACCAUACCUGUAUACAGAAUGCUGCUGUGCACAAAUCAGCAUCUUCUCUGGCUGUGUAUGAGGUGUUUAAAUGGUCCCUCUCUAUGUUUAUUUUUCAAUAAAUGGGCUUGAACCAAAAGUCCAGGUUCAAAUGUCUCUGGACAUAGGAAGAGUUUGAAAUCCAAAGUCAGACUCAGCGAGUAUUGUCUCACCAUUCUUUUGGUUUCCUUCUCACACUCUGAACUGAGUGCUUCUUUCCAGGUUGCUCUUCAUGUGUAGAAUGAUCUCUGAAUCCCAGCUUGUCAAAUCACCACUGUCCUCUGUGCUUAUUCAAAUCCCUCUGUGCCACAAUUUGUGAAUUCAUAAUUAAAGAGUAAAUAUAUAGUCACAGAGCCUCAUCUCUUGUAGAUCCAUGUAGCACCACUUAAGUCAAUGGCCAACUGACUAUGCAAGUUUACACCGGCUGAGGAUAUGGCCCCCAGAUACAUAAUCAAUAGAUAUAUAGAAAACAUAAAUUAUUCCCUCCCCUUGAUUUCCCAGCAUAUCCUUCUGAAGGCCUGAUUCAAAGCCCAUGGAAAUCAAUGGAAAGACUUCUGAGGAGCUGUAAGCUUUUCAAGGCAGUACCUCUCUCUAGUUUGUGUCUUGAAUGGGGCCCAGCACAUGUAUAGCACUUCCCGAUAAUAUAACAAUAUCUAUAUUUUACAAAUGUCUCCUGUCUUUAUAAUGGACUAAACCGAAGCAUUGGAUCAGAACAUGGCUAAAUUUAAGAGUGUUUGAAAUUCUGGUCUGAAUUUUGCCCCCAUCUCUGUUUUCUUUAUGAUUGUGGAGUUCCUCAGUUCCAACUGCUUUAAAAAUGACCUCAGAGACCUCUCCAGAUGAGUGAUCCUUUUGCCUUCUGCUCUAGAUCCACAUACACAGCUUUUAGGGGCUGUGCACGAAACUCCCUCAAGAUCUGUGGCUGUGAUACACGGUCAGUUACAGACCAAGGCAGAGCAAGAAGACUGUGGAUUAUCAAUUUGCUGCCAGGCCGAUUUAUAUAUGGCGAGAGAAAAUGAGGAGCACGGAUCAAACUCACUGAUAGCGCAGGAGCCAUGCAUUUUCAAUGUGGGAGGGGAAGGAAGGAAAGGACCAAUGUAAUCCUACUCCUAGUAGCAGCCAGUAGGGAGGCAGGUGGGGGGGGAAAGGCCCUUCCCCUUGCAACAGCCAGUAGUGGCUGGGAUCAGGGGAGUCAGGAAAACAGAGGAGCUCACUCCCUGCCAGUAGAGAACCAAGCAAAGGAAAACCUUUCCCUCCUUUCCAUGCAGGGGAGAAGGAGGUGGAAAAGAGCUGAGGAGAUGCUCUUCCCUGUGCCUUACAAAGUUACUGCAACCCCUCCUUCUCCUAGAUUGGACACACCUGAUCUGAGCUGAGAUUGACUUCGCAAAAAUCUCUCUGACGCUCUAUGCAGGGUUCCAGCACCAGACAUCAUAUUGAUCCAACAGACGAGCCCUGCAUUCUCACACAGGGUCCCAGAUUCUGAAUAUAAGACACUUCGUUGGGUUAUCACAAUGUUUUGAUAUGGGGGCUCUUUACAAAGUCAUUCUGCGAUGAAGUGGCUUUUCUUAAAGGUUGAACUGUACUGCCUUAGACCGUAAUUCAGACUUUGUAUGAGGUCAAUGCAGUUCCAUUAUGGAGAAACUUCACCCAUUAUCUCCAUUUUUCUCUCACCAGUUGUAUGUUCUUGUCGGUGGGUGGGCUUAAGAACAGCUACAGCUUCCUGGCUUUCAGUGGAGUUGCGCUUGCUUACACUAAGCCUGAAUUUGAACUUUUUGAUGCAGAGGCUAAUAGGUUUCAGCUCAUGUUUCUGUUAGAUAUAUUAGCUCCUUGAGGACCUCUUGUGUUAACUGUUAACAAUGUAUUUAAUUUCUAGAAUAAACUGAAAAGUUUAACAUUAAAGUAAUUAAAUACAUCCAGUGUGUACACAAUAGCUCUCUUCUUUUUUCUUUCAGACCAAGAGUAAAGAUUUUCAAAAGCACUUAAGUCCCAUUUUCAAAAGUGAUUUAGGCACUUAGUCCACAUUCCGUUGUCUUUCAGUGACAUUUAGGCUUCUAAAUGCCCAUGUCACUUUUGAAAUGGGACUUAGGAGCCCAAGUCAUUUAGGUGCUUUAGAAAAUGUUACCUUAGGUCACUUCUGUAAGUCUGUUCUAUCUAACAUGGUUCAAAUCUGUCCUGUGCAACGAGCCGCUCAGCAGGCAAACUAGUUUCUCAGGCUGAGUCUCAAGCUGUCCUUGCCCAAAUUAGAACAGACGGGGGCUACUGUAACUUACGAGAGCUGGCUAUGGUCCCUAAAGGAGCAUAUGCCAGCUGUAAACUGGCAGAAUGGAACUGUAUUGUGCCCUGCCUUGAUAUAUAAUUUCCCUCUCCGCAACACCUCAUAGACUGGGGAUUGGCAACUCUACACCAGCUGAGAAUUCACAGCCUGGCAGGUGCAAUGAGAUUCUGUCCCCUUUGCACAACUCAGGCAGGACAAAGGGACCAGCGAGUCUGGCCUUAUACAUUUUGCUUUUCCUACAAAUCUAUUAAUUGUAAGCAUACUUCAAUACUUAGUUCAUAUUUCUUUAAGCAGCAACUACGCUCCUUCCCUCCACCCACCCAAAAUUCUCUGCUGGUGUGGUUGCACGUCAGUGUGCAGAGAGCCAUUUAGGACAUAAGGAUGGUGCUGAAUUAAGAGAUCAUUUCACACAGCGCUCACUGGGGAGAGAAGAGCGUUUCUUGGAGCGCACGCAUUCCAUUUUCCCCAAGCUCGUCAGCAAGUCAGCUGUUAUUGCCAGUGCUGCCAACUUUAAUUUUUAACACAGAAACAAAUGUUAACAAAGCCAGAUGUUUACAAGGAGCAUUUAAACCGAAAAAAUUUCAAGGCUUUGAAAACAUCACUUAAGGUGGGUCAUUCCUCACUAAUAAUUUCUUGUGGCUACUGUAGACGUGACUGUCAUUUAAUUAAUCUAUAGUCAUUGUAAAGUCAGGUUUUUCACACCAGUAACCUGACACCACUAAUUACUAAGAGAUGAGAACACAUUUAAAGUGAAAAUGAACACUCUGGGCAUAAUUUAUAGGCAUGGCACAUGACUGCCAACGUUGGGAAAGUUCGCCUGUCAAGACGUUUGAAUUUGUUCCAGAGUAUGAAGCAUCCACUUGCCCGGCAGUAAUAUUCAAAAUGCAGAGCAUUUCUGGAGUGCAUAGCAGGACACGAGGCCACAGGCCAAGUUGCUUCAACCUCCCAAGAAGUGCAAUAAUCCCCACAGAAAUUCAUAGCUUCGUGGGGUUUUAGUACUAUGAUGAACAGGAAAUUAUAUGGGGAAAAGGUCAGACGUAGGUAUUUACAGGGAUUAGUGACAGAGAGCAAUGGCAUCACUGACAGCCAAUCAGAAUAGGCCAGAUGUACCCAGAGUUCCAGAUCUAUUUCAUGGUUGUAAAGUGACGCUGCCAUGUUAAAAAGCGCAUGGUGUUAUAUAAAAAUGAGCUUUACCUGUGUUGCUAACACUUUAUAUAUGUAAAACUGAAAGGCUUGUCAGAAUCUGAGGGGGGGUGAGCCUGCUAUAUCUUAUAUAGUAUGUGCUGGGUGAGUGCAUUCCAGCUGUCGUGCAUUCACACUCAUGUGCAUUCUGCAGAUGCGCCAGCACUCCCCUUCUGUGUUCCAAGCCACUCCCAUGCACCUGGGGACCACAGCCAGGCAUGUGGGCAUGUUUGAUAUUGUGGAAUGGCAUGGAUGGGGGAAAGACAGCAUUAUGCUGAAUCCUUCACAGCAAAAUGGCUACAUAGCAGGAAAUAGGCUAAAAAAGUGUUAGGCUUACUGUGGAGCAGGCAUGAGGCAUAUGCUCCAGCACAUGUGGGCCUAAACUGGAGCCCACUGAAAGCAAUAGAAAAAUGCCCAUUGACUUUAAUAGGCUUUGACUCCGGCCCUAGAAUCAGGAUGCCACUGCUGCAGCAGUACUCAUACAGCGUCUACACUCCAUGCAUUGUUCCAGCCACACUUCCUUAGUGCAGGAAUGUAGUAGUAGCUUUUCAUUCCUUAUUAUUUGUAUAAUGCUUACAUGUCUCUCUGACUGAACAAUGAAAAUAGCUCAGUUUUAUACUGUGAUUAAUUUGAGCAAGCGUAUUGUCAAGCUUAAAAUGAACAACAGUGUUGUGCCUAAAACUUCCAGAAGCUUUAUAGCGCAAGCUUUGCAAAAUUAAGCUGCAACUUGUGGUCAAAAGACACCUGCAGCCAGACAGCAUUUUAUGCUGAUUCCUAUAUGGUAAAAAUAAGUCAUGCCCACGGGUUUGGCUUAUUAAAACCACUUUUGAAAUGUGUAAUUAAGAGACGCUGCAGCCAAAGAACUGAUUCCUAUGUGGUUUUGAUGGGCUAGGCCUUCAGGCCUAGGUCAUCAAAAUAACCUUAGCCACAAUCAAGACAAUCUCCCAUUUGGAGGUAAGUGAUGUCCUUGUAACUUAAAAAAAUUAAAGAACAUUUAGCUAUUAGGAAAACCACAGUUGAGACAAUGGGCUAUCUGGACAUAAGUUAUUUCCUUGUGCAUAACUUAUAAAACUAAAACAACAAUUGGCUACAAGAAAAUAAGUAAGUAUAAAUUAUACAGCCAAAGUGAAGAUCUGGCCUAACCUGAUUGGUUGACCUGUUUCAAAACACGGUGGGCAGAUGAGAUUAAAUGUGUAGAGCCUCAGGUGUGUGUGUGUGUGUCUUGGUCUUAAGAGGUUAUUCUCUUUGAUUGGUCUGACCCCCCACCCCCUGAACCGAGGAAACCUGACUCACACCGACUAGCUGUACCUGGCCAGUGCAAAGAGGGGUUGACUGAAAGGUAACAUAUUCUCGGUAGGGUAAGGUUUUAAAGUAAAAGUCUGGUUGCAUGUAGAAUAAGGUAACAGAGUAAAGAAGUCUGGGUUGCUCGAGCUGAUUUGAUCUCAAGUUGUACUGACACUAUAGUAUUAAGAAUGGUAGUGUCGGGAUAAUUUGAUCUCAGAUUAUAUUAAUGCUGCAGUUUUAAAAAUAGUAGUAAAAGUUUAAUACUAGUGUUAAGUUGUUUAGAAAUAAUAGAAAGUUGUUUAUCAAUUUAUAAUAUCUUUGUUUGUACUUAUGGUUACUGAGGGUAGGACUAGAACUUUGUAAGGUUAAUAGUUAAUGAGUAAUAAUAGCUUUGCAUGUACUUGUGCCUGUCAUCAGUAAAAACUGCCAAUGUUAAGAACAUACUUUUAUAGUAAUAAGUAGCUAAUGCAUAAUAUUACCUGUACUUGUGCUUGUUUGCAAUAUAAUUUGUCAUUUAUAUUAAUUCUUAUUCAAUGCUGGUCUUUAAUUUUUCUUUCCUUAUUCUGUCUGUGUUGUAUUUAUAGUCAUAAGUCAUUAAAAGCCUGUCUUAAGGAAUAA